UUUGAAACUGUUCUUGAUUCGUGUCUCGUUCAAAUUUUAGCGCCACAUAUUCCUAGUUACUGGGUUGGAUGUGAUUGUUAAGUUUGCGGCCUAUUUGUUGUCUUUUUUCUGUUCCAGGUUUUCACAUUACCACUCACAAUGUAGUUUCAGAGUAGAUCCGAAUGUACGGAAAACUGAACUUCAUGUGUUACAUAUAUGAUGUUUCUAUUGUCAAUCUUCUGCUUCAACCUUAUUUUUACAUUUUUGUUUCAAGUCUUAUUGCUUUGUGAAUACACUGGUAGUGUUUUUAUUAGCGAUACAACAGCGCUUAUUAAUUAUUGUAUCAGUGUACGUUAACGUACAUCCUGAUAUAAUACAUUACCUGCAUGUAGUGAUGUCACACAAUUGAAUAAUCAUUCGAAUGAGAACUCCAGUAAAAAAUUCCCAUACUGAAACACUCAAUAGCCUUAACUGAGGAUACUUUUGUCGUACCGUAGGAGAGUCGGAACUUCGUGGUAUGGAUUCACAGUCUCCCAGUAUCAAAAGCAAACAAAUGUAAUAUCACUAUUUCUAGGUUAUCUAAUAUAUGAUAUGCCAACCACUGUUGUCUUGCUACUUAUGGGAGAUCCCUCGUGUGUGUGUAAAAACUAUGAGGAUUACCAAAAGAAAUGCAAAUAUCAAAAACUAUUUACACAAUAAGUUUGUUGUGCCUGUCUCCACAGCGUCAGAUUCAGAUUUGCGUAGAAAAGACAAAAGGCUUACAGCCUAUGUUAUUCCUUUUCUAGUAUGCUUCACUUAAAUUAUAAUGGCUACAAUGGCAGGAUUAAAAAGUCACGAUUCUAUUCUCUCAAAGUUGGACACUUUUAAGCGUAAGAGAAAAGCUCGCCUGGAAGUUGAAGAACUCAAUAAAGAAAGUCGUCAAGCUAUCGAAGUGGCAGUUAGUGCUUUAACAACUGACGAUCCCAAACAAUAUCAAUUAGAAGAAGGACAAGAGCGUUCUUUUAUUGAGAAGUCAUCGCAAAAUUCUGAAAGUGUUAAGAAUUUAGUGGACAAAUUAUUGACAUGGAUUAAUAACGAACUAUCAGAACAUCGAAUUCUCGUGAGAGAUAUUCAAGAAGAUUUAUAUGACGGUCAACUUCUGCAAAAGUUAGUUGAAAAACUAGCGAAAAUAAAGCUAGAUCAUCCUGAGUUAACGCAGUCUGAAAUUGGACAGCUUCAACGCUUGCGUGGUGUUUUACAAACUGUCAACGAAAUACUUCAUGUAUCAGAAAGUUGGGCCAGUCAACGAUGGACUGCCGAACGUAUUCAUGAGAAAGACUUGGUUGCUAUUCUGCGCCUACUAGUUGUUAUUGCUCGUCAGUUUAAACCAGAAAUGCGUUUUCAACCAGGUGUUUUUCUUACCGUCAUAAUCGCUCGCAAAUUAAAUGGUAAAUUGGAGUAUCGUUACGAAAGGGAAUACAUCACUGAAUUCACAGAAACAUUACCUGCCGGCAGUCCUCUCGAUGCCAUAUCAGAACAUCAUAUGGUUUUGCAAGCAGUUCUUACUUUUAUCAAUGCACAUUUGGAACAAGUUGGCCUUCAUGUUAAUGAUCUCUCCAAAGAUUUUAGAGAUGGCGUCUUACUUAUUCUAUUAAUGGGUCUUAUUGAUGGCUAUUUUGUACCAUUUCAUGCAUAUCAUCCAACACCAACAACAGAAGAAUUGUGUACAUCAAAUGUUAAACUAGCCUUUGAACUUAUUCAAGCAGCUGGUAUGGUUGAACCUCCAGCAAAACCUGAAGAAAUUGUUGCAGGUGAUAGUAGUGCCGUAUUACGUGUGUUGUAUGGCAUCUACUCAUAUUGUGCACAUAUGGAGGAUGAACAACGUCGAUAUGAAAUAAAUAAUAUUCGAGAACAAGGUGAGAUGGAUGAAUAUUACGGUAAUAACCAGUAAUCUACUGUACAACAUGGUAUAAUUAAUUUAUCGUAAAGUAUAUGUAACUGUGAUAUCUUUUUUUGCUGUUUUCUGUGAUGUUAACAUUUUAAAAAUUACUAUGGGAUAAAAUGCGUUACCAUUGAAGUGACUUACUUUUAAUAAAUACCAGGUUAUCAUUUAAUGUUCUUUAGUUACUUUCUUUUUAGAAACGAUAAAUAAUACAAUGAAUUUGUAUGUAAGUAUUCCAUUAUAUGAUUUCUCUCUAUUUCCCCUGCGAAUAUAUACUUUUCAGCCUGAUAUUUUUUACAUCAUCAAAACGUUCUAAUGUCAGUUUUGUAGUUCUCUAUAUUGUAUUUUUUUUUGCGGUUAUCUUUCUUUCUUUUUUUUUUUUUACUUUUCUAAAUAUUCAUGUUAGUGUGAAUUUCUAAAUACGAUAAUAAAAGCAAUAACUUUG